UUUCAGCUAGCCGCGAGGUGUAUUUGAGUGGUCGCGAAACGGUCACACAUCACAUAGUUUUUUAGUUGGCGAUUCCAGACACACACUCGAGUUGUAGUGCUUUUUUACGCUAUUUUGUUACUGGAAAUGUCCCACCACAGCGAUGAUCAGCUCCUCCAGGCUGGAAGCGAUUCCUUCUGGGAGCCCGGCAACUAUAAACGCACCACCAAGCGGAUCGAGGAUGGUUACAAACUCUGCAAUGACCUACAGCAACUGAUUCAGGAGCGUGCCGACAUCGAGAAGGGAUAUGCGAAAAGCUUGCGCACCUGGUCAAAGAAAUGGGGUGAACUCAUUGAGAAAGGCCCGGAAUACGGAACCACGGAGGCAGCCUGGAAGGGCGUGCUGACGGAAUCGGAACGCAUCUCCGACGUUCACAUGAAGAUCAAGGACAAUCUCUGCAACGAUGUGAACAGCCAGAUAAAGACGUGGCAGAAGGAGAACUACCACCACACGCUCAUGCAGAUCAAGGAGCGCAAGGACCUGGAGGAUCUGUUCAAGAAAGCCCAGAAGCCCUGGGCCAAGCUGUUGGCAAAGGUCGAGAAGGCCAAAGCGGACUACCAUUCGGCCUGCAAGACGGAGCGCAGUGCUACCAAUCAGGAACGCAAUGCCAAUGCCGACAGCUCGUUGUCGCCGGAUCAGGUGAAGAAAAUGCACGAUCGAGUGCAAAAGACCAAAGAUCAAGUGCAAAAGUGCCGGGAAAAGUACGAGCAGGCGAUUGCCGAAAUCACCAAAUACAAUUCGGUGUACAUCGAGGACAUGACAUCCGUGUUUGAAAAGUGCCAAACCUUUGAGAAGACGCGUUUGCAGUUCUUCAAAGAAAUCCUGUUCAACGUGCACUCGUGCCUGGACCUCACGAAAGUGCAAAGCCUGCCCCAAAUCUACGAGGAGUUCUCCCACACGAUCAACAAUGCAGACCAGCAGAAAGACCUAAAAUGGUGGUCGAACAAUCAUGGCAUUAACAUGGCCAUGAAUUGGCCAUCAUUUGUGGAAUAUACGGAGGAGUUCCGUGACAUUGCCAAGGGCAACAAAUCAAAAGAGGCACUGCCGGCAGCACCCAUCACGCUCAUCAACCAGCGACCUGUGGCCGAGGAUGUGCACCAGGAAUACCCCCAGACAAACAGCCUGAAGAAGAACACCAGCACCUUGAGCAGUGUCAGCAGCAGAGCGAGUGUGAAGAGCGAAAUAGCGACCACGCAAUCCUCAGUCACCACAUCGGAAGCCAAAACAUCGGCGGCGGUUGCCGGCGCUGCGACGGCAACGGCAGCAGCAGCAGCGGCGUCAGCGGCAUCCAAUCGCAACUCGAGCGUAACCAACGGCAACGGCAAAGUCGAUGCAAAUCCAUUCGACGAGGAGGAGGAGUGGGACGAGAGCGACAACGUGCUGGUGGACAACGGUGAGCCGGGCGUGCCGGUCAAAGCGCUGUAUGAUUACGAGGGCGCUGAAAGUGAUGAGCUCACAUUCAAGCAAGGUGAUGUUUUCGAGAAGCUCGAAGAUGAAGACGAACAAGGCUGGUGCAAGGGACGCAUGAAUGGGCGCGUCGGACUGUAUCCGGCCAACUAUGUGGAGACCGCGUAAGCGGGCGUAGGGGAAAUAGGGGAAGUCGUUAAGCAGUUAUAUACGCGCAGAUAUGUAUAUGCAGCAUAACACAGAGGUUAGAGACGCAUUACGGAUUGCGUACACAGUAGAAGAGUCGUUGAUGAAAAAUUACCAUACAUAUGUAUUAGAAAUUGUUAUGAGCAAUCGCUAGCACUAUUCGUACUUAUCCGGACGAUAGUGCGGCAUCUAAGGCAUUGGGCAUCGAGUGGAUGCAGCGAACCCAACACCGAUACCGAUCAUCCAACCAACCUACCAAUCAACUCACCAACAGUAGCAAUGCGGCCGUUAGCAGGCCGAUACGAACAUGCAGAUAUGUAACAGAAAACUUAGCGAAAGUCGUCAACAGAACAAUAAGUGUAAGCGUCAAUGUACGGAAUGACAUUACAAAUUAAUUGUAUUAUGUAAUAUUUAUGCUAUGUAUAACAAACUGAAACUGAAAUUAUGUACUUUUUGUCACGAUGCGGCCGCAAUUUUACUCCCUCUCUGUGCCGUAAACCUUUUUUGUGGUCAGCCGGGAGGCGCAGCGUAGUCUUUGGCAUAUUUAGAUACUGUACAUGCAUAGCAUUUGUAAUGCGUUUCUGGAACAUUUUAUAUUAUUUAUGAAGUUUUGUGUAUACAUACGUGUUGGAUUAUGUAUACUGUAAAUGUACAUUUUUAAAUGACUUAAAUUAUUGAAAUAAAAAAAAACCAAAACCCGA